CCACCUGACGCUUGGGCGUCGUGUUCCUGUUCGCUGUUGGCCAGCUAGCUGCUAACACCUGCUAGCUGCGAUAAGAGCGUCAACAGCCAGUCGCUGGUUUCCAGGGCAAACAUGGCCAUGGACAAAAGGCUACCCGGAGACAGAUCCUAACCUUCACCACAAAAAGCAACGCAGAGACAUGUGGACGUCGUGCUGCAGCUGGAUGUGUUUGGAUUCUGUGGAUGAGGAGAGGGGUGGUGUCGAGCCGCAGCAUCGGUCCUACACAAACUCCGCCUUCAGCAGCAUGCCCUCACCUGAACACACCUGCACAGCCUGCCGAGGGCGUUUGGACACGCCUACCACCAAGCAUGUGUGCGCCGACUGCAGGAAAAACUUCUGUGGCAGCUGCUCCGCCCAGCUGGAGCCCCGCCCCCGCCUGUGUCACACCUGCCAGCGUUUCCACGGCAACCUGCUGCAGCGAGCCGAGCUGAUGAAGCUCAAAGUGAAGGAACUGCGCGACUACCUGCGCCUGCACGAAAUCUCCACGGACCUGUGUCGAGAAAAGGAGGAGCUGGUGGAACUGAUCCUGGGCCAGCAGCCCCCACCUGCAGAGCCGCCCUCUGUGACCCCUGACCAGCUGGACCAGACUACCCACAUUUCCACCUCCAGCUCUGAGCCUCCCCUCGCCGUUCCAACAGAGACUCCAGAGGACGCCCCCUCUGAUCCAGACGCCCUAGACCCCGACCAGGGAUCGGACCCCGAGGAGGAGGCGGGGGGUGUUCCGGGCCGAAGGGCGUCCUUGUCGGACCUGACCAGCGUGGACGACAUCGAGGCCCUGAGCGUGCGGCAGCUUAAGGAAAUCCUGGCCCGGAACUUUGUCAACUUCAAAGGCUGCUGUGAGAAGUGGGAACUGAUGGAGCGAGUGACGCGCCUCUUCCAGGACCACCAAACCUUGUCGGAGGCCGAGGGCGAGCUCCCCAGCCCGGAAGGCAACAUCUGCCGGAUCUGCAUGGACGCGCCCAUCGACUGCGUCCUGCUGGAGUGCGGUCACAUGAUCACCUGCACCAAGUGCGGCAAGAGAAUGAAUGAGUGUCCCAUCUGCCGCCAGUACGUCAUCAGGGCUGUGCACGUCUUCCGCUCCUGAGGACACACCGCGCAGGUACAAAGGCAGCGAUCCCCUCCAAAGACGCAGCGUGCUUUUAUUUUGUAGGGCUGUGGAGGACAGGGCUACCUCUACCUUUGACCUGUUUGCAAGGCGCACACACCCGUCGUCUUUUAACGAGCGCUCACGCUGCGCCGCUAACAUCUUGAAUGUAAAUAACCUAUGCUCGGCUAACCAGGACUACGUGUUCGUUUGCGCUGAAAAGGUGACAAAGUUGCACUCGAGAACUUUAUUUUUUUGGAAUGACUUGAAAAGUGAAAAUGUUCCGAGGCGCCUGAACGCCUCUCCUCGUCUCCUCGCUCCUUUUGUACUUAACGCAUUUUGUAAAUAUUUGUUUCUCAGCACUCAAACUUGACGAUCAAAAGAUUGAUGCUAACAUGCAAGUCUAAUAAAUUAAAUCCACUUUCUUUA